UUUCCUCCCAUGAAUGAGAUAAAAGUGCAAACAUGGCGGCGUGAAACUGUACAAACUAGCUCGGAUGGAGGAGCAUUAAUUAAAACAGCUCGAAAGUUUCUUGUUUUUUUUUUUCUUCGUAAACACGGAGCUGUUUUUGAAUGUCCUCGUUCGUCGCAGUUUAGAAGGACAGACGUGUAACGUUAGAGGAGAAAACACUGGACCGGACCGGACCAUCGCUUCACAACAACAGGGCUGGAAGAGAAAGUGGACUGAGAUGAUGAACGGGGACGUCAUAUGCAACGGACACUCGCCAUUUCACCGUCUCCUAAAGCACAGCAGCUCCAAAUCGCCGCAUCAUGAAGCCAUCGCCGUCAAACUCAUCCAGGACGGCAAAACUUCCCGCUUAUUCUGCACGCAGAGUGAACCACAGAAGCAUGGAGAUUCCAGGAGAGUCAGUACUGUAAAUGGUGAGUUCAUGCUCCCAAAAAUGGCUGUGAAUGAAGAGCUGAAGCACUCGGUGCACAGAGUAGAGGAGCAGACGCGUCAACUGCACUGCGCCGCAUCAUACAUCCACGCCGGCAGUGACAUCACUUCCUCCAAUCAGAGGAAACGACCCCCUCGCAAACUCAAAGUAAAGAGAUCCACACCGAGAAUAGCUGAUACCAAGAUCCCUCAAUGCCGAAAGGUUACAGAUUAUUUUCCCAUCAGAAGAAGCUGCAGAAAAAGCAAAAGCGAACUGAAGUGUGAAGAGAAGAGGCACAUAGACAUGCUGAUCACAAACGGGAUUGAGAAUGGAAUGAUGGUCAGGUACAUUGAAGGAAAGGGCAGGGGAGUUUUUGCCACACAGAUGUUCCAGAAAGGGCAGUAUGUAGUGGAGUACCAUGGAGAUCUGCUCCAGAUUACCGAUGCCAAAAAAAGGGAGGCUUUAUAUGCACAAGAUCCGACCACUGGCUGCUACAUGUAUUACUUCCAGUAUCUCAGCAAAACAUAUUGCGUGGACGCUACGAAAGAGUCCGAUCGAUUGGGAAGGCUCAUCAACCACAGUAAAACCGGCAACUGUCAAACCAAACUCCAUGACAUUAAUGGAAUACCUCAUCUUAUCCUCGUGGCCUCCAGAGACAUCCAGGAAGGAGAAGAGCUGCUUUACGACUACGGCGACCGCAGUAAAGCUUCGAUCGAAGCUCACCCGUGGCUGAAGCAGUAGCGUCCCGACUCAGGACGGGAAAACUCCUUGUUUCUUAACUAGACCGUUUUUAAUGUAAUUAUUGCCUUAGUAAACAGAGAAUGUUUUGGGCUAGUAAGUGUAUGGGUAUGUUACACAGUAACAGUAACACGUUAGAUUGCGGUACAUAUUCAACGUGUCCUACUUUUAAGAUAUUUAUCCUGCUCUAUGACAUGCUAGUUUCGGCACAUUUCUUUUUGUAUAUUUUAUAUAUUGGUAGAUCGGUGCUUCCAAAGCAUGCAGUUAUAGUCCAACUUUCUGCAUUUUUAUAAAGUUUUCUUAAUCUAAUCUAAUGUAAGGUAGUUAGAGGCUUAGCAAUAAUUAUUUAUAAUGCCCAAACGUUUAUGUUUGACGCAGAAAGCCUGGGAUGCUAAAAGGAGAGGCGUUUUAAAAGGUUCAGAAAACUGGAAUGUGAAACCAAACUUUGAUAUCAUUUGAAAUGUUACCGGGUGUGUCGUCAUUAACCUGAACAAAGCUGUACCUGUUACACACAAGCCGAGCGUUGACGACCGAAAGCUCCGACGGCCCGGGGAGUGUUCAAAUCAAUCUGUGUGAGAUGGUCGAUGCAUUGUUUAAAUAAAUGAUUUUAUGCAACAA